CUUUUCACUGUACAGUCUUUUGUGCCUUUUUUGACUUUUUAAAAAUACUUUUAUCUAUUCAGAUUUAUAUAAAGUUUUAAAAUAUAAAAUAUAGAGUUUUGAUCAUGUGAAAAACAUGCUUCAUGAUGAAAACAGAAUCACUGAGGAAUAAGAUUGAAAUAUUUUAGCUGUUAUCUUACAUUCAAAGAAAAAGAUUGCCUGAAAUGGAGAAAACAUAAGCUGCGGUUCCACACGAGGCCUCUGGGCGCCGCUGUCGGCCAGUGCAGGGCAAGCGCUGACGCCCAGGAUUUCUCAGCCUCAAGCCUGGGAUUUCUUGCGCAGCCACCCGCACUGAGAGAAACCGGUUUACACUAGGGCUCCUUGCUGCGCAGACUGACCCAGCAUAAGUGCAUUCCAAGCCCCAAGACUGGGGGCUCCGCCUGUCCUGGGCUGAAUGCCCUUCCAGUGCGAUAGUGUGCACUUUCUCCAACUGGAAAGACUGAGACCCAGCGGAAAAUAGAGCGAAAGAUGGGAGGGAGCUGCACGCAGAGACGCGGAGCCGGCCGGCCGCAGGUACUGUUUCCCUUCCUGCUGCCUUUGUUCUACCGCGCGCUCUGCGAGCCGAUCCGCUACUCGAUUCCCGAGGAGCUGGCCAAGGGCUCGGUGGUGGGGAACCUCGCCAAAGAUCUAGGGCUCAGUGUCCUGGAUGUAUCAGCUCGGAAGCUGCGAGUUAGCGCGGAGAAGCUACUUUUCAAUGUAGACGGGGUGAGCGGGAACUUACUCGUGAAGAACCGAAUAGACCGAGAGCAGAUUUGCAAAGAGAGAAGAAGAUGUGAGUUGCAGUUGGAAGCCGUGGUGGAAAACCCCUUAAAUAUUUUCCAUAUCAUUGUGAAUGUUGAGGAUAUUAAUGACCAUGCUCCUCAAUUCCAUAAAGAUGAAAUAAACUUAGAAAUCAGUGAAUCUGUCAGCCCAGGAAUGGGAACAAUUCUUGACUCCGCAAAAGAUCCUGAUAUAAGUAUGAAUUCACUGAGCAAAUACCAACUAAGUCCUAAUGAAUAUUUUUCAUUGGUGGUGAAAGACAACCCCGAUGGUGGCAAAUAUCCAGAAUUAAUAUUGAAGAAGACCCUGGACCGAGAAACGCAGAGCUCCCACCACUUGAUACUAACAGCCUUAGAUGGUGGGGACCCGCCCCAAAGUGGCACUGCUCAGAUCCGAAUCCUGGUGGUGGAUGCCAAUGAUAACCCCCCUGUGUUCAGUCAAGAUGUGUACAGGGUCAGCCUUCCAGAAGACGUGCCCCCGGGCACCCCUGUGCUGAGGGUGAGUGCUGUGGACCAGGACGAAGGCUUCAAUGCAGAGGUCACCUACUCCUUCUUUGGUGUGACUGAUAAAGCCCAGCACGUGUUCUCUUUGGAUUCUGCUUCAGGAAACAUUGUAACUCAGCAACCCUUGGACUUUGAAGAAGUAGAAAGAUACAUAAUGGAUGUAGAAGCAAAGGACCGAGGAUCUCUUUCUACACGAUGUAAAGUAAUUGUGGAAGUUCUAGACAAAAACGACAACAGCCCAGAAAUAAUCAUUACUUCUCUCUCUGAUAAGAUUUUGGAGAAUUCCCUUCCAGGAAUGGUUGUGGCCCUCUUCAAAACAAGGGACCGGGAUUCCAGGGAAAAUGGAGAGGUCACAUGUAAUUUAAGUAGAAAUAUUCCAUUUAAGAUUCAUUCUUCUUCUAAUAAUUACUACAAGCUGGUGACAGAUGGGGCUCUAGAUCGAGAGCGGACUCCAGAAUACAACGUCACCAUCACAGCCACCGACAGAGGCAAGCCGCCCCUCUCCUCCAGCACCACCCUCACCCUGCACAUCACCGACGUCAACGACAACGCUCCGGUUUUCCAACAGUCCGCCUACCUGGUCCACGUGCCAGAAAACAACCCUCCCGGGGCCUCCAUAGCGCAGGUCAGCGCCUCCGACCCCGACCUGGGACCCAACGGCCACGUCUCCUACUCCAUCGUGGCCAGCGACCUGGAGCCGCGGGCGCUGUCGUCCUACGUGUCCGUGAACGCGCAGAGCGGGGUGGUGUUCGCGCAGCGCGCCUUCGACCACGAGCAGCUGCGCGCCUUCGAGCUGACGCUGCAGGCUCGCGACCUGGGCUCGCCCGCGCUCGGCGCCAACGUCAGCCUGCGCGUGUUGGUGGACGACCGCAACGACAACGCGCCAAGGGUGCUGUACCCGGCGCUGGGGCCCGACGGCUCCGCGCUCUUCGACACGGUGCCGCGCGCCGCGCAGCCCGGCUACCUGGUCACCAAGGUGGUGGCGGUGGACGCGGACUCGGGACACAACGCCUGGCUGUCGUACCACGUGCUGCAGGCCAGCGAGCCGGGCCUGUUCAGCCUGGGGCUGCGCACGGGCGAGGUGCGCACGGCGCGUGCUUUGGGCGACAGGGACGCGGCGCGCCAGCGCCUGCUGGUCGCGGUGCGCGACGGGGGACAGCCGCCCCUCUCGGCCACCGCCACGCUGCUCCUGGUCUUCGCUGACAGCCUCCAAGAGGCCCUGCCGGACCUCAGCGAACGCCCAGCGCCGUCCGACCCCCAGGCUGAGCUGCAGUUUUACCUGGUGGUGGCCUUGGCCUUGAUCUCCGUGCUCUUCCUGCUCGCAGUGAUUCUAGCGGUUGCUCUGCACCUGCGACGCUCCUCCAGCCCCGCCACUGGCGGCUGCUUUGGGUCUGUUCUCUGUUCCAAGUCUGGACUGGAGCUUCCUCCCAACUACAGUGAGGGUACUUUGCCCUAUGCCUAUAAUUUGUGUGUGCCUGGGGAUCAAACUGACCCAGCAUUUAAUUUUCUCACAUCUGCUGAUUGUACAGCCAAGCAAGAGACUCUCAACAAAGACAACUCUUUAGCAUUAUUGACUAGCAUUCUAACUCCUAGUGUUGAAGCAGAUAAGAAGACUUUAAAACAGCAAGCCCCGCCCAACACGGACUGGCGUUUCUCUCAGGCCCAGAGACCCGGCACCAGCGGCUCCCAAAAUGGCGAUGAAACCGGCACCUGGCCCAACAACCAGUUUGACACAGAGAUGCUGCAAGCGAUGAUCUUGGCCUCCGCCAGCGAAGCCGCUGACGGGAGCUCCACGCUGGGCGGGGGCGCCGGCACCAUGGGCCUGAGCGCCCGCUACGGGCCGCAGUUCACGCUGCAGCACGUGCCCGACUACCGCCAGAACGUCUACAUCCCCGGCAGCAACGCCACGCUGACCAACGCCGCGGGCAAACGGGACGGCAAGGCCCCUGCAGGCGGCAACGGCAACAAGAAGAAGUCAGGCAAGAAGGAGAAGAAGUAACACGGAGGCCGGCCCGGAACCACAGGGCCACCUCCCCCCAACCAGCCCAGCCUCUCCCUACCUGGACCCAGGACUGGGACUUUCAGGGCUCACCCCCAGGAUCCUGGUGGGGCCCAGGCCAUGCUCCCCUUGGGAAACAGAAACAAGUGCCCAGUCAACACCCCCCUCUCUGUCCCCAGGGGAUUGAAUAUGCAAAGGGAGUUCUGCUGGGAACCCCCAUCCAAUCAGUUGCUGUGCCCAUGGGGGUAGUGGGGUUAGUGUAGACACCAUUUCUCUCACCUGCUUUAGUUGUAGCCGAACUCCUCCACCUUCCAAAUUCCAGCAGGCCCAGCUGCCUGCCUCCCUCCUGCCCAGGCUGCCCCGCCCCCCUUCAGCAGCUCCUUUCUUGAGUAAGGUGGUUGGGGCUGCGAGGUACCUGGUGACCUAAAAAGGCUUGUAGUUCUGAAGAGCUCAAAGGGCAUCAUGACCUCUUGGCCUGUUCGUCAAUCCUCAAACUUCCCCGAAGCAUGGUUUGGUGGCAGUCCCUUCACAUCCUUCGCGAGCCUGAGACCGAGCUCAAGUCUUGGGAGACGUGGUCACCGUUCCACGGUACUGAUGCUUGCUGGAUUUAGGGAGGGCAUUUUGCUACCAUGCCUCUUCCCAGUGCUCUAGGGACCAGUUCUUUUGUUUUGUUUUGUUUUGUUUUUCAUUGUUUAAUGUUCCCACUGCAUGCUGUGGCUGCCCCUCCCCGAACAAGAGACUUCAUUGCAUGUUCCAAGGCAGUAUGGGGUGGCAGGGUAAAGAAGGAGAGCGUGGAUGUGGAUGGGGGAUGGGGGAUGGGUAAAUCUUGACCCAUCAGUUAACACGGUCUAGCAGGAGGCUCUGGAUGUCCCCAGGAUACUGACAAGAUCUUUCCAGCCAUAAACCAAGCCCCAGGCUGGACCCUCAUCUACCACUAGCAGCUGGCUUUGGGCUGAGCUACAAGCACCAAGGGACUUAAACUGGCAUUACAGUCCAAGGAAAGUCUGAGCAGGUUUGGGACCAGGUCCCCUGGAGAGAUCAGAGGGGCCUCUGUGGGUGCUGGGUACUCCAGAGGUGCCAAUAGUGGAAGGAUCAGCAUGCCCCCCUCCCGCCCCAGGCCCUGGAAGGGAAGGCCAGCCAGGCCAUUCUUGGUUCUUGGGUUGGGGAGACCAAGGGGCUAGAGCAGGGACCACAUGGACAGAUAGUCUCAACCGGUGGAUCAGGCUUCUCCACGGGGUCCCUGCGUUCCCCAAGUCUCGGUCCUUCACCUUGCCAGGUGCCAUUUCUUCUCUGUUAAGGCCACUGCCCAGGCCCCCAGUCUGCCCCCUAGUGGUCAGAGCCUGGUUCAAGUCCCCAGUGCCUCCUUGUGCAUAAGCCUUCCUCUGCCCACCCACCUCUAUCUACCCCCAGUCCCGUCCAUUCAGCGGGGCUGAGCGAGAACCCCGCCCUAGCCCGUACUGUAGCGUAGAGCCCCCUCCCUCCCUCCCUCCCUCCCUCCUUCCCUCUUUUGGCUGGUGUAGAAUAGCCAAUAGUGUAGUGCGGUGUGCUUUUCCGUGAUGGCGAGUGGGCAGCGGGCAACGGGCUCCGCGCAGCCGUCUGUCCUUGAAUCUGCCUGCGGUGGCCCGUGCUGUGUUUUGUGCUGUGUCCACGCGCUGCGGCGACUCCCUCCCCGAUACUGACUCCUAUAAACGCUUCUCUUUGCAUAGUCACGUAGCUCCCUCAUCCCUUUCCUGUGUUUCACGCAAGUUUUAUACUCUAAUAUUUAUAUGGCUUUUUUCUUUGAAAAAAAUAAUAAAAAGGUUUCUUCUGAAA